AUGAAAUUCAAAAGACAGUGGGAGGGAAAGACCGACUUCUUUGCCCGCAAGCGCCUGGUCAUACAAGAUAAGAACAACACACCCAAGUACCGGAUGGUCGUCCGCUUCUCCGACCGGGACAUCUGCUGCCAGAUCGCCUAUGCCAUGGCUGAGGGCGACAUGAUUGUGUGUGCGGCCUACUUACACGAGCUGCCGAAGUACGGGGUCACCAUGGGCUUGACAAACUACGCAGCAGCCUACAGCACUGGUCUACUGCUGGCCCACAGACUUCUGAACAAGUUUGGCCUGGACAAGGUGCAUGAAGGCCAGGUGGAAGUGACGGGCGAUGAUUUCAACGUGGAGAGCAUUAAUGGUCAACCAGGUGCGUUCACCGGCUACCUGGAUGCCGGGCGUGACAGAACCACCACCGGCAACAGGGUGUUUGGUGCCCUGAAGGGGGCUGUGGGCGGAGGCCUGCCCAUCCCACACAGCGCCAAGCGCUUCCCUGGCUAUGACCCAGAGAGCAAGGAGUUCAACGCUGAGGUUCACUGCAAGCACAUCAUGGGCGUCAAAGUGUCCGAGUACAUGAGCUUCCUGUUGGAGGAGGACGAGGACGAGCUUCCUGUUGGAGGAGGACGAGGAUGUGCUUCCUGUUGGAGGAGGACGAGCUGA